GGCGCGACGGGGCGUGAGGGGAGCGGCACGGGGCGGGAGCCGGAGCAGGAAGAAGAGGAGAGAGGAGGCGUGCUGGUGCCGGUUUCGAGCCCAGGGCAUGGAGCAGCCCGGAGGGGGCUGAACGGUGCGGGGCUGAGGGAGCGGCCGGGGGUGAUGGAGGAGAGGCCCAUCAGGAUGUUGCAGGUUCCGCUGCCCCUGGACCGAGACGGGAUCCUCUUCCGGCUCCGUUUUACCACGCUGGCCGUCGGGACUGUGUUCUGCCCACUCUUUGGUUUCCUUUUCUGUGUGAUCUGGUCUCUGCUGUUCCAUUUCCAGGAGACAACAGCCACCCAUUGCGGGGUCCCCAACUACCUCCCCUCCAUCAGUGCUGCUAUCGGGGGCGAGACCCCCCAGCGCUACGUCUGGCGCCUCUGCAUCGGCCUCCACUCAGCCCCACGCUUCCUGGUGGCUGUUGCCUACUGGAACCACUACCAGAGCUGCCACUGCUCCCACCCCCGCUACCUGCGCCUCUGCCACUUCAACCUCUUCCUCAACCUGCUCGAAAACUUCGCCCUCCUUAUCCUGACCUACGUGUCUUCAUCUGAAAACUAUGCAAUCCACGAAAAUGCCUUCAUCGUGUUCAUCACGUCGGCUCUGGGCCACAUGCUGCUGACCUGCAUCCUCUGGAGGAUGACUAAGAAACACACAGUAAGUCCCGAGGAGCGCAAGUCCUACAAGUGGAAGCAGCUGCUCUUCUUCUUCACCUUCAUCACGUUUGCUUUUGCCGUGUGUGUCUACUUCCACCACAACUGGUACUGCGGCCCCGGAGUGUACACCAUCUUCGCCUUCCUGGAGUACUUGGUCGUCCUGUCCAACAUGGCCUUCCACAUGACUGCCUUCUGGGACUUUGGCAACAAGGAGCUGGUGGUGAGCUCGCUGCUGGAGGACAAGCACUUCUAGGCGGCCUGGUGCCGCUGCCAGGUGGGGGCUGCUCUUUCCCUGGGGGAGGCAGAGAGCCCCUUCCCUCCUCUGCUGCUGCCAGGCCCCGGCUCUUCGCUGUGGAGCUGCUGCGAGGAUCGUCCCCAGGUCCCACAAGUGUCUGUGCACGGUCCCUGCCUGCGCCUGGAGCUCUCCCACGGGGCUGUUGCUGGGGCAUCUCGAGGCUGGUUCCCCCUGCCCUGGCUCCCUGCUGGCUCCUGGGACAGGCAGGAGGACAGAGGAGAGAGCAGGGACCCGCUGCCUGAGGCUGGGGCCCAGGGACCCCGCGUUGCUGGGACAGGAGAGUCCUGGAAGAUGCCAGCCCAUGCACGGACUGCAGAGAGCAAGGCAGGACAGCACCAGUGCCCACGGGGUGCAGCAGGAGCUGGGAACAUCCCCACUCUCCCGCUCUGCCUUUCCCAGAACCCCCAGCAAGCAAAGGGGGCUUGGGGGGGCGUGUGCUCCAUUCAAGCCCAGAGUGGGCUGGUGCUGGGGGUGCUCACUCUGACCUUCCCAACAGUUUCCCCUGUGUCUGAAGCUUGAGCUGGGAGCUGCUGGGGUUCAGGGGAGCUGCUGCUGCCUGGGAGGAGGGUGCUGGCAGUGCCCCCCAUCCGUGGGCUCAGCCUGGCGUUGGGGUCUGAGCGGGGAGCUGGGUGCUGGCAGCAUCCCCAGGCUCCAGGGGGGUUGCAGGGAGCUGCUGCUGUGCUCAGACAGGUAGCACAGGGCUCACUCCUGGAGGCUCCCCGGAGGGGGAACGGGCAGGGGCAAAGGGCCAAGCCUGUUGGCAGCAGGAGCUGUGGAAUGUGGGAAGCUCUGUGCUUGCCAGGGCUCACCCUGUACCACACUCCACCAUGAAGGACCCACACGGGUCCCUGCAACUGCCCUUCACUCCAUGCAGCCACCCCCAGGGGUCCUGAGGAGAGCCCAGCACCCAUCCCCGCACCCCUGGGCCCGGGCAGAGCCUCUGCAGGAGCUGUGGCUCCUGGGCUGGUGGCCCUGGGGCCGGGGUGGCCUUUGAGCAGGAGCUGUGGGUCCAUCCCUCAGCGCCCCCGUGCCAGGCUCCGUCCCUCAGCAUCGCCUGCGUGCGUGUGGCCCGAUGCCCCCGCUGUGCCUGCGCCUCGGCUCGGGGGGAAUAAAGCCCUGAGGACUUUUGUGAGCUCUC